AUGCCUACCGUCCUUCCCUCGCGCAGACACCGGGGCUCCGGCCAGGGCGGCAGUGGUGGUGGCCCCCUCGAGGACACUGCCGUCUCCAGUGGCACUCCGCAGCCUAACAGCAAUGGCAACAACCUCUCAUCCAACAAGGAAUACGUCCCCAGCGACGAUGACAACGACAACAACACCAAAGAGAUCUCAAAGUCGCAGACCGUCAUCUCCAUCGACGACAAUUGGCCCGAGCUGGGCGUUCCGGCCGAGGAGACGGACCGCAAGUGGUGGCAGCGGUCCCGCUACGCCGUUGACUACGGUGCCGUUGCCACUCAGCCGUCUGUCUUUGAUGACCCGGAGCUGGCAAAGAGGUACCAGCCCAGGUCCGACUGGGAGAACCUGCAUCGUUUCGACCCGAGGGCCCGCUGGACAUGGGGUGAGGAGCUCAAAAUUCUCCGCAAGAUUGACGUACGCAUCAUGUUGUUCGCCUGCAUCAUGUUUAUCGGGCUAGAACUCGAUCGGUCCAACCUGUCUCAGGCCGUGUCGGAUAAUUUUCUGGGUGAUCUGGGCAUGACAACGGAUGAUUACAACCUUGGAAAUACCGUCUUCAAGUUGUCAUUCCUCUGUGCUGAGCUUCCAUCUCAACUUAUUAGCAAGUGGAUUGGUCCGGAUCGCUGGAUCCCCAUGCAGCUCUGCCUGUGGAGCAUAGUGUCUGCUGUAAUCCUCUAUCUCAGCUACUUUUACAAGUCCGCAGAGCUCUCGGUCCGUCUAGCCUACUUCUGGUCCGCCCUCCAGGUUGCCGAUAUCAUCUCCGGUCUACUAGGUGCAGGCUUCCUUCAGCUCCGUGGCUACCACGGGCGGGCGGGUUGGCGAUGGCUGUUCCUUUUCGAGGGGAUCCUGACUCUGACCAUUGGUAUCGCGGCGUGGUUCCUGAUGCCGGCGGGACCGACACAGACAAAGGGUUGGCUCCGUGGCAAGAAUGGCUGGUUUGACGAACGCGAGGAAAUCAUCAUGGUGAACCGCGUCAUCAGAGAGGACCCAAGCAAGGGAGACAUGCACAACCGCCAACCCAUCACGCCCAAACUCCUUUUUCAGUCCCUCGCCGAUUACGACAUGUGGCCCCUCUACAUUCUUGGUCUCCUGUGGCAAAUCCCCUCUACUCCCGUGAACCAGUACCUCACGCUGACGCUGCGCCGCAUGGGCUUCAGCGUCCUGCUGACGAAUGUGCUGACCAUUCCGCCCAUGGCCGCUGGUAUCGUCACCAUCCUAGCCAUUACCUAUUUGUCUGAACGUCUUCAACAACGCGCCCUAGUUGCCGUGUUCUCGCAGAUCUGGGUGUUUCCGUUCCUCAUCUACCUAUAUUUGGUUGAUAUUAACGAGAUUAACCGAUGGAAAGCAUGGGCCAUUCUAACUCUUUUGCUGGCAGGGCCGUCUCCCCACGCAAUCCUCGUCGGCUGGAAUUCUCGCAACUCCAACGCCGUCCGACUGCGCACCGUCUCGGCAGCAGUCUACAACAUGUCGGUCCAGUCCAGUGCCAUCAUCGCCUCCAACGUGUACCGCCAGAAUGACGCCCCGCGGUAUAGGAACGGAAACCGGAACCUCGUCGGCGUUGUCUCGAUGAACAUCGUCUGCUUCCUCCUUGUCAAGGUAUACUAUGUCCUGCGCAACAAGAGCCGCGACAAGAAAUGGAAUGCCAUGACUCCUGAGCAACAGCGGAUUUAUCUCGACACUACCACCGAUAAGGGAAGUAAGCGUCUUGAUUUCCGGUUCGCCAGUUGA